AAUCUUCAAAGAAAUUUUCAAUUACAAUUUAAAAUGAUAGGACCGUCCUGUCUGAGUCCAGGAUGUGCCCCGACCUCAGCAGGCCCCUGCGACGACGCCUGCUCGUUACCGAUGGCCAAACCGAUACGGAUUUUUCAAUUUUUACUGGUCACGGGUCUUUUUGCUCUGACAAUGUACACAAUUUCCAAAAAUUCUCCUUACAAGCAAGAAGAAGCCAUACUGCUGACUGUACUUUUUGGAAGUUUUCUUUUUAUAUUGCUCAUUGACAUAAUCAGUCAAUUUGGUGGCGAUCCCAUUCCAGACACACCGAUGUUCCUUUUUGGCGUCGUCGGCACCAUCCUUUUUCUAAUGGCAGCUGGAGGCAUCUUUUUCAUAAGCAAAAGAGACGACGUUGAAGAAGUAUGGAGAUUGACAUUGGCAACUGCAUUGACAGCUGUCUGCUCGCUUCUCUUCCUAUUGGAUAUCCUUUUGAUCUUCCUUUACGGAUACUGAAUUUUAUUUUUUUUUAUCAGAUUUACC